CGCUGCGGGGCUCGCUCCGCGUCCCGCCCCAGAGGCACUUGGGAAGUUAUCCAGCAGUUCAGUGCUGAGAUGGUGCUUUGGGAGCAUGGCUGCAACAGAAUUCCCAGCCUGGAUGUGGAAUGCAGCUCAUAAUGUGGGAUGUUGGUCAUUGCUUCCACGUUGGAUCUUCCCUGUGGGAGUCUGAAACACCUCAGCAGCUGCUGCCUUUCCUCAGCGGGUGAGCCAGACCCCAGGUCCAGCCAUGAGGAGGUUUGUUUACUGCAAGGUGGUCCUGGCCACUUCCCUCAUGUGGGUGCUCGUGGACGUCUUUCUCCUUCUCUACUUCAGCGAGUGUAAUAAAUGUGAUGACAAGAAAGAGAGGUCUCUGCUGCCUGCUCUCAGGGCUGUUAUUUCCCGAAACCAAGAAGGACCUGGAGAGAUGGGGAAGGCUGUGCUCAUUCCAAAGGAUGAGCAGGAGAAGAUGAAAGAGCUCUUCAAAAUCAACCAGUUCAACCUGAUGGCCAGUGACUUGAUUGCCCUCAACCGAAGCUUGCCUGACGUGAGAUUAGAUGGGUGCAAGACCAAAGUCUACCCCGACGAGCUGCCCAACACCAGCGUGGUCAUCGUGUUCCACAACGAGGCCUGGAGCACUUUGCUCCGCACCGUCUACAGCGUCAUCAACCGCUCGCCCCACCGCCUGCUGGCCGAGAUCAUCCUGGUGGACGAUGCCAGCGAGAGAGAGUUUCUGAAGGCCUCAUUAGAGAACUAUGUGAAGAAACUGGAUGUCUCCGUCAAAAUCAUCCGGAUGGAGCAGAGGUCGGGGCUGAUCCGUGCCCGGCUGCGGGGAGCAGCAGCUUCCCAGGGGCAGGUGAUCACCUUCCUGGAUGCCCACUGCGAGUGCACCCUGGGCUGGCUGGAGCCACUGCUGGCCAGGAUCAAGGAGGACAGGAAAACAGUUGUCUGCCCAAUCAUUGAUGUGAUCAGUGAUGACACGUUUGAGUACAUGGCUGGGUCAGACAUGACUUAUGGAGGGUUCAACUGGAAGCUCAACUUCCGCUGGUAUCCAGUUCCCCAGAGAGAGAUGGACAGGAGGAAAGGGGACAGGACCUUGCCUGUCAGGACCCCUACUAUGGCUGGUGGCCUAUUUUCUAUUGACAGAAACUACUUUGAAGAGAUAGGAACUUACGAUGCAGGAAUGGAUAUCUGGGGUGGCGAGAAUCUUGAAAUGUCUUUUAGGAUCUGGCAGUGUGGGGGCUCCCUGGAGAUUGUCACCUGCUCACAUGUGGGACAUGUUUUCCGGAAGGCAACACCCUACACCUUCCCUGGUGGCACAGGGCAUGUCAUCAACAAGAACAACAGGAGGCUGGCAGAGGUCUGGAUGGAUGAGUUCAAGGACUUCUUCUACAUAAUAUCCCCAGGUGUCGUGAAGGUGGAUUACGGCGACGUAUCCGUCAGAAAAGCACUGAGGGAAAACCUGCAGUGCAAACCCUUCUCGUGGUACCUGGAGAACAUCUAUCCCGACUCCCAGAUUCCCCGGCGCUAUUACUCACUGGGCGAGAUCAGGAACGUGGAAACCAACCAGUGCUUAGACAACAUGGGCCGCAAGGAGAAUGAGAAAGUGGGUAUCUUCAACUGCCAUGGCAUGGGGGGAAAUCAGGUGUUCUCCUACACUGCCGACAAGGAGAUCCGCACGGACGACUUGUGCCUGGACGUCUCGAGGCUGAACGGCCCCGUCCUCAUGCUGAAGUGCCACCACAUGAGGGGGAACCAGCUCUGGGAGUACGACGCUGAGAAGCUCACCCUGAGGCACGUCAACAGCAACCAGUGUCUGGAUGAGCCAUCAGAGGAGGACAAGAUGGUCCCCACCAUGAGGGAGUGCGGGGACAGCCGUUCCCAGCAGUGGCUGCUGCGCAACAUGACCCUGGCUGCGUGAAGCUGGGGCAGACCCGCUGCCUCUGCUGGGAUCUCCUCCUCCUCCUCCUCCUCCUCUUCCUCCUUGCUGAAGCCCUCUCCCAGUCCCAGCUGUCGGGGCAAAGUCACAGGGAGUCUUCCUGGAUGUGGCGGGUCUCCACGUGCCCCAUCAGAACUUGGUGGCUGCUCCAAAGACGCUCACCUGAGCCUGCAGAUGUCAGAACAUUUGCUGUUAUCAACACAAACGUGCUUAAAAAGUGGUUCCAGAGAAGCUGCUGUGAGCCCUGCAGCGAAGAGGUUGGGAUGGAGGGUGUUUGCUGUGUCACACCACUGUGGAGAAGUGACCCAGUAUAAAAUGCCUUAGGACACUAACUGGCACUGGGAACCAUCCUGGCAGGUAUCUCCUGGGCUGGAUGUGUUGGUGCUGGGCUGCCCUAGCCACCAGGUGGGGAUAUUUGCUGCUCUCCCCUAUCAGGUGAGACGUGGUGAAGAACCACCCUGAGCAGCCAAGUUGCUGGACAGAGCAGAAGCUCUGGGAGAAAAUGGGAUUUGGUGCUUGGAAAAGCAGCAAAACUUGAGCAAAGGCUGCCCUGAGAAAUGGAAAUUAAAUCAAAUAAGGCAGCAGCAGAAAACCCAGGAGGAGGACAGAUGUUGGUGAACUGUCCUCUGCAGUGGGAACAGUGGCUGGAGACGACUGCAAGGGGAUGGAAACACCAAAAACUGGGACUGCUGGAACCUUGGUCUGAACCUCAGUCCCCAGCUGCUUUCGUAGAUCCUUGCAUCCUGUGAGAAACACGAGGGCUCCAUUCCUGAGUCCUCUGCUCACCAAGGAUGGAACUGGGUCACCUCUCAGCUCUGCCUCCAGGUGUUCUUGCUUCAGUAGCCAUGACAGAUGCUUAUUUAUAUUUUUAAUAUUUCUGUGGCUUAAUCAUUUUGUUGCCGUGGUUAUUAGGGACCUGCCAGUGGCACAGGAACUGGGAAGGGUCCUGGGCAGACAGGUGACAAUUCCUGUAGGUCCUGGGGACGUUUCCUUUGGCUCCCCAAAAUGCAUCUGUGGUGUGAUGGGCUGGGCAGGGUUUCCCACAGCAGUCUGUAACUUCCCACUGCCCAAAGGGUUCAGGAGACCUAAAUCCCAACCAUGGUGUAAUCCAGCCUGGGGAAGUGGUGGAAGGGUUUCCCAUUGUUUCACUUGCAGUGCCCCACAAGGUCUGGUCAUGCACUGAGUCGUUUAAAAAAUGACAAUAUUUUCUGUAUAAUGCUCUGGUUGUUAUGGAUUAAUAGUGUCACAUAUAUAUGUACGUAUUAUAAAUUUAUAGAUCAUCCGUAUUUUCUUGAUGCAAGUCAUUAAAUGAAAAACAGAAGUGGGAAAGUGAUUGCUGUGCAUGUGUGGGAGCUGCAGUAUCAGAGUAACUCAGGCUGGGAGCUCAUCUAGGCCAGCCUCCCUGCUCCAAGGAGGGCCAGACACUUCCAGUUGUCCCCUUCAAAUUGCCACCAAAGUACACACCAUGGCUUGAAAGUUCUCAAAACCAGAGAAAGCUGUGAUUCUGCUUCCUGAAAGAGCAUGCAGACACCCCAGACAAGUUCAAACACCCAUUCCGUGCAGAAAAAAUACUAAUCAAUUGUUUUUUCAUCUCCUUUCCAAGGGCUUUUGCCACAUGCACAGCCACUGGGGCUGGUACAUCACGUAGCCAAGCACUUGGCUUUCAUGUGUUACGACAGAAGGAAAUGUUGUGGGAGGUCUUGCAGCAUCCAGGAGCACUGGGAGGGGACACCUGUGGUGGGUCAGCUCUGCUGGGUGCCUCUGGUGUUCCUGCUGGAGGGCUCCAGUGGCAGGGGGGGGAACGUUGCCAUUGCUCCUGCUUGGCCUGGUCACACCACCAGGUUCUCCUGGUGUCGUGGCUGAGAGCUGGUGGUAGAGUGCAGCCCACGUGCCACUGGGUGGGCUUGAGGGGCAAGCUCAAAAACAGCUGAAGAAAAUAAUGUUUUUCUCCUUAGAAUGAAUGUAAUGGUUGAUGUUCUGUUUCUAAGUGUGCAAUCCCUUGGCUGGGACAGCCAGCCUUUGGAAGGGUGGCUCUAGGUCUUCUGCAUCCUAGCAGAAUGGCCCAACAUCAAGAAAUUGUGCUCAGACCUAGAAAAAAGCACUGAAGCAGCUGCUGAACAUCAGUCACAGCAAGUAUUUUCAUGGCCUUCGUGGGCUGGAUCCUGCAUUACCUCCUGGGUAAGGACACAGAAUCUCCAGGAGGCUCAUUCCAGAGGAGCCUCACACAAAGCCACGUUCACGGAGAGUGGGUGGAGGUGGUGAGGGCACCUUAAAUGCUGAUGAGAUGAUAAAUGCUGGGGUUUAGUGAAUGAAUGUGAGUGACUGUGCUUGGGCCCCAGCCUCUGCCUCCUACACUGAAUUUGGGUGUUGCCUUGACGAGUGAUUUGAGCUAAAAUAAUUUAAAAAUGUCUCAUUGGGUUGUUGGGGAGUGUCUGAAGUUCAGUGCCCGCAGCCCAAACCGUCGGUUGCUCUGUGUUUCCCCUUUUGUACAGUGUCUCAUGAAGGUGUUGGGAGGAUUGACUCGUGUUUGCACAAGGUGUCUACCAUAGGAAGGACUCUCCACGUGCUGGAUGCUUGUUGCUUUCACUGGAAAGAGCAUUGCUGGUUCUUGUGGUUUCUAAGAGCUGCCCUGAUGGGAUGGGAGCGAGCGGUAAGGCCUGGCAUCAGCAGCACGGUUGGAAGAGCAAGUUGACCCACAAACACUCUAAAAAGCCCUGUUGGUUUUUCUCUCCCAGCACCUCCUGCUGACCCAGGGAGGCCAGGGACAGCCCCAGAGCUGGAACAGCCAUAUGAGUCCCUCCACCUCCUGCCCACCCAGUGUUUUCAGGUAGCUGAAAGCCUGCCCGCAUCCCUGCAGAUAACACGGCUGGUGGGACUAGACUAUGUGUAACCUGCUGGUAACUACCAGCUCCUGAGUGACCCCGGGUGCUGAAUGAACAGCAGCCGUGUGUUGGGUGCUUCUGUGGCUUUCCCUGGCUGUGCUUCCCCUCCAAAAAGUCCUAAUGCCCAGCCAGGCCCAUUGUGCUGGUGUGUGACCACCCUCAUUUUCUUUUUUCUCUUCCUCUCUCCUUCCUCUCUCCUUUCUCUCUCCUUCCUCUCUUCUUCCUUUCUCCUUCCUCUCUUCUUCCUCUCUCCUUCCUCCUUUCUCUCCUCCUUUCUCUCCUCCUUCUCUUCUAUUUUUCCUCUGGGAUCGCUUCCUCAGGGCAGCUCAGCAAAGGGCCACGGGUCUCUGGGAUAACACAAAGUGUGUUUGAAAACCGUUGGAAUUCUGCUUAGUCUUGUCCAAAGCAGGAAGAAAAGACAGAGGCACAGAGGUUUGGAGGACAUGCUUGCAAAGGCUCCUGAGUGAGUGCUGGGAACACAAAGUUAAGUUAAAUUUAUAAAAGUAGGUGGUGGAUAAAGAAUGACACAUUUUCAAUGUUGUAACAGCUCUGAAAUGGUGCACUGGUCCUCUCUGCUGUACAUUUAAAUAUUUAUACAUUUUUGUAGAUUAAAAUA